AUGUUUCCGCCUGUUGAUACAUUAAAACAUGGGUUUCCCAUCUAUAAAAACAGUGCCCCCAAACAAACGGCAACAUACUCAACCGACCAUCGCACUUUCAAGUUAAGAAAUCAUCCUUGGCUAUUAAGAGUAAAAAUGGGACAAGGUAAGCCAGCUUUUUCUGUCUAUUUCUUUUUUCAGUGGGAAGUACAAUUGAACUUAAACAUUUAAUCACUGAAACAGGGGCCAACAAGGCACAGAAAGAGUGAACAAGUAUUGUACUGCCAUGAGGUUAUAAAAUCUAUUGACACAGAUCCACUUUCUUUUGAUUGAACAACCUAACUAUGUGAUGGUCUAUAAAAUUUACAUUUUAGUCAUUUAGCAGACACUCUUAUCCAGAGUGACUUACAGGAGCAAUUAGGGUUAAGUGUCUUGCUCAAGGGCACAUCAACAGAUUUCUCAUCUAGUCAGCUCAGGGAUUCAAACCAGUAACCUUUCAGUUACUGGCCCAAUGCUCUUAACAGCUAGGCUAUUGAUGUACGAAGGCUGAGAAUAUCUUACUAAUAUAUCUCACUAUAAUUAGACUUACUCGUUUUAUACAUUUCUUAAAUCAGCUAUUAUUUUCUUUCAUCUCUCUUUUAGUGUUUCUGCUGAUGCCAGUUUUACUGGUCAGUGGUUUUCUGAGUCAAGGGGCAGCGAUGGAAAACCAACGGCUCUUCAACAUCGCAGUCAACCGGGUGCAACAUCUCCACCUAAUGGCUCAGAAAAUGUUCAAUGACUUUGUAAGACAGCUUUUGAAUCUACUUUUGACAUAGCAAAUAGUGUUUCAAAGAUUGUUCUUCUUCUUGCAGACAGUGUCCUCUUCACACAAGCCUAGUGGCUAAAAUAUAUCUCUCCCUUCUUGUGAUUGUGUGCAGGAAGGCACCCUGUUGCCUGAUGAACGCAGACAGCUGAACAAGAUAUUCCUGCUGGACUUCUGUAACUCUGACUCCAUCGUGAGCCCAAUCGACAAGCACGAGACUCAGAAGAGUUCAGUAAGUUACCUGGCUGAGCCAAUUACCCAUGUUAUGCCCUUUACAACCAUAUAAAGUGUAAAAGCUUGACAGUUCCACUCUGCUAUUCACCUUAAAUAUUAAUUCCUCCAUGAUGCAUGAUUCCAAAAUAAAUAAUAGGCCAUCUCAAUGUGAACAAUCGAUACAACUUAGUCAUUAGUUAUUGGGCAAGCAGACCACCGAUUGUCUAAACUCCAUGGGGAAAUAUAUACUUUAGAUAAGCAGAGACAGCAUCAUGCAUGGUGGAAAUUAAAUCUAGCCAUGACAAGGAGUAUUUAAUUCUACACGUAAAAUUGGCAUUAAAAUGUUGCUACACCUCAGUGCCUUCAACUAAGAUAAGUAAAACAACUACAUAUCACAAUCAUUGCUAGUAAAACCAUCACUCUCUAAUCGAUGAUUUCUCUACGUCUCCAUUCUCCAUUUUGUGCUUUUCUGCCCAGGAAACCAGCCCAAAAAGUAUUUAGCUCAAUCAUGUAAACAGGGCAUCUCAAACUGUACAAUACAACUCAACUUAAUUCUCUAAUAAUCUGGGGUUUCUCUACAUCUACACACAGGUCCUGAAGCUGCUCCAUAUCUCUUUCCGCCUGAUUGAAUCAUGGGAGUACCCUAGCCAGACCCUGACCAUCUCCAACAGUCUAAUGGUCAGAAACUCCAACCAGAUCUCUGAGAAGCUCGGCGACCUCAAAGUGGGCAUCAACCUGCUCAUCAAGGUAAAGCAAGGAGGGAGAACAAUGACUAUUUGUGGUGCCACACUUUGUGCACUGUAAACCCCAAGGCAUUUUAACUCAAAUACUUCUAGUAAGUUGAACUCAAAGUCAAUGAAAAGUCAUUACUUAAAAUGUUUAUGUGGUACUGGCUCAAAACUAAAUGAGAAGUCACAUCAACUCAAUUUUUUAAAGUUAUGAUAACAAAUUAACUUUUUACCCAGCAUGCUCUACGGCAGGUACAUUUUUUGGAAUGGUUUUUAAUAUUUGUGUUUUUGCAUGUACAUUGAGGGAUUGAUUGAUUAAUCUUAUGCUACACAAAGAUAAAUAACAUACAAGUUACCAGAAUUUUGCAACCCUACUUACAGGCCUGAUGUGGCCUGUAAACCAUGAGUUUCGGGCCACUGUAUUAGGGUAAAGCUAUGCCUCAAAAUAAGGCCUUAUGAGAUAUGUAAUGUAUUGUUAUAAAGAGUUUAAUUAUAAUGAUAAUAUUUGCCUAGGAACUCACUUUAAGGCCACAGGAAUGACAACCAUGUCUCUGUCAAUAACAAAUACAGUCAUGGGUGAUAACUCUAUAAUUCACUCAAAAAGCCAAGGCACACUGGGAAAAUAUAUUGGAGAAGUAGCUUAGUCGGGGCAUUACAAAAAAAUGUCAAGCUGAUACAACUCAAAUUUGGACCCUCUACAGGGUGACUCUAUAGGCUUGAGUAAUUACUAUAAAAUCACUUUAGGUAACUGCACUCAGAUUCUGUAUAUUAAGUGCAACGGGUUUCCUCAAAGGUUUUGAGUAAUGACAGCACAUUGGGGUUUACAGUGUGGUUUUUAUCUUCCACUGACAUGAAAGUGAAAUACCACUAUGCUUUCCUAGUUAGAAAGCAUAAUGUAGGACUACGUAUGCCUCUUCUCAGCAGAUAUUUCUGUGCUUUACAUUGUGAUGCUAACUCACCUCAUCUAUCAUCACUAAUAGUGACUAUAUCAGUAACACACCAUUAAAGGACAUUUAUGCAUGUGUCUUUUGCUAUGUGUGCUUUUAGAAUGACCCAAUAAACAAAUAUUGAUAUGCACACAUCCACUCCACCAUGCAUCUCUCUCUGUCUCCCACAGGGGAGCCAGGAUGGCGUGCUGAGCCUGGAUGACAAUGACUUUCAGCAGCUGCCCCCCUACGGAAACUACUACCAGAACCUGGGGGGCGACGGCAACGUCAGGAGGAACUACGAGCUGUUGGCCUGUUUCAAGAAGGACAUGCACAAGGUGGAAAACCAUGUUGCCUUCAAUUGCAUGUGCCUUCCUAUAUUUUCUACAGUGCAUCAUUUUUUUGUGUUCAAUAUAACCCAAAUAUUAUUCCUAUUAUUGUUCAUUGAUCAAGACUGGUCUCGAGAAAGGCCUAGUGACCUAGAACAUUGACAUUAAAAUGUGUAAACUAUAACCUCAUUAUUUUUUUCCCCAAGGUCGAGACCUACCUGACCGUUGCCAAGUGCAGGAAGUCACUGGAGGCCAACUGCACUCUGUAGACGUUGGCUGGAGAGGCAGCCAGCAAGAGCCUGUCUCCAGGGUUUGGUUUCCCAGAUACAGAGUAGGCCUUGCCCUGCACUGAAGAGCAUUUUCAAUUGAGAUUCUCCAUUAAGCAUGCUUUUUGGUCUAGAGUAGAUUUAAUUUGGAUCUGGCAGAGCCUGACUCCAGGGGUUUUCAGGCAUUUGCAUUUUGUUCUCUGAAAUCAACAACAGCACUUUCUAUAUUCACUCUAUUACUCUGAGAUACCAUUGAUUCAUGGACAUUUUAGAUUAGUACAUUUAUAGAAAAGUUAAUUACAUUUCUUAUUUAGAUAUAUGAUUCUAGGUGGUGCUGAUGUUUAUUCGUAAAUUAAUAUUUGGGGUGAAAUGGGAACUUGUAGAGCUCCAAGCUUUUGGUAUGUACACAGAUGGAGAAUAUAUUUUAGAGUAAUUUCCUUUAAGUCUUUUAAUUCCUUAAUCUUAUUGUUUGAAACUAAUAGUGAUGAGUUGUUCAAUAAAGCUGUUGUUCUCUGCAGUACAUGAUAUCUUGGCUACUAUUUAUUAUCUUUCAAAUCA